AUGCAUGUACUUAGCAGAACAUUUAUAUGCAAUGUGAUGCAUGAUAUUGUGCAUGUAUUUAGCAGAAAAUUUAUAUGCAAUGUGAUGCAUGAUAUUGUGCAUGUACUUAGCAGAACAUUUAUAUGCAAUGUGAUGUAUGAUAUUGUGCAUGUACUUAGCAGAACUUUUAUAUGCAAUGUGAUGUAUGAUAUUGUGCAUGUACUUAGCAGAAAAUUUAUAUGCAAUGUGAUGCAUGAUAUUGUGCAUGUAUUUAGCAGAAAAUGUAUAUGCUAUGUGAUGCAUGAUAUUGUGCAUGUACUUAGCAGAACAUUUAUAUGCAAUGUGAUGUAUGAUAUUGUGCAUGUACUUAGCAGAACAUUUAUAUGCAAUGUGAUGUAUGAUAUUGUGCAUGUACUUAGCAGAACAUUUAUAUGCAAUGUGAUUUAUAAUAUUGUGCAUGUACUUAGCAGAACAUUUAUAUGCAAUGUGAUGUAUGAUAUUGUGCAUGUACUUAGCAGAACAUUUAUAUGCAAUGUGAUGUAUGAUAUUGUGCAUGUACUUAGCAGAACUUUUAUAUGCAAUGUGAUGUAUGAUAUUGUGCAUGUACUUAGCAGAACAUUUAUAUGCAAUGUGAUGUAUGAUAUUGUGCAUGUACUUAGCAGAACAUUUAUAUGCAAUGUGAUGUAUGAUAUUGUGCAUGUACUUAGCAGAACAUUUAUAUGCAAUGUGAUUUAUAAUAUUGUGCAUGUACUUAGCAGAACAUUUAUAUGCAAUGUGAUGUAUGAUAUUGUGCAUGUACUUAGCAGAACAUUUAUAUGCAAUGUGAUGUAUGAUAUUGUGCAUGUACUUAGCAGAACAUUUAUAUGCAAUGUGAUUUAUAAUAUUGUGCAUGUACUUAGAAGAACAUUUAUAUCCUAGCACUAUGAAUAACAUUUAUAAAUUGCCCUGAUGUAAAUAAAAUGAAAAAAGUAUUAUUUAUCAACAGAAAUUUAAAAUUCACCGUGCGGCUGCCGUGGGAAAUGUGACUGCAAAAGUAUGAGAGCGCAGAAAUUCCACGGCGAGCGUAGAAAUGUUACUGGCCGCAGAAAUGAUAGACUGCAGGGUCGCCAUAGGAAAUGUGACUGGGGUGUUAGUUGUUAAAAAUUGUCAAAAUUUCAUGCUUUGAUGACCAUGUCAUGCUUAUUUUCUAAAAAUGUGGCCUGUUUUGGCUUUAUUUCGGAAUAAUCCUUUUCAAGAAUAUCUGGCAGUACUAAAUUAGUUUUGAAAAUGGGAAAUCUCAUUUUAGACUAUUUUUCAUUUACAACGAAUUUUGACAUUGUUGCAUCUUAAAUCUUUGAUAUUUGAUCAGAUAUCUCAAUUCUGUUUUCAGAAUAUAAGAUCAGCCAGGAUUAUAAGGAAAAUUAAAGGCAGAAUCAGAUCUAUAGGGAGUGACAAAAUUACAAGCAACGUGCAUAAUUGACCUACCAAUCUAUUCCUUACAAUAUCAAAUACAAUAUCUCCCAAAAGAUUCACAAUAUGUUAUAAAUUGUUGAAGUUAUUAAUGAUUCAAAGUGCAAAAAUGGGUGAAAGAUGUUUAAAUUCUCCCAAAUAAUAAGUAUGGUAACCAUUCUUAUAGAAAAAUAAUACAUUAUUGUAAAAAUCUUUUGUUUUCCUUGAAUAAAGUAUGCACUUUUGUGAUUUUUAGAAAAUAGACGUGACAAGGAAUGACAUGAGCCAAAAAUAUUCUAAAAUUGAAACAAUUUUUUGUUUAGCCUGCUCGCUAUCUCUGAUUCUCUCUUUAACUUUAAGAAAAGAUUGCUACCUUCUAACAUUUUACUCUCUCUCUCUCUCUCUUAUCCCUUGUACAUCAUUCAAGUGCUGUUAUUUGAAUAAAAUAUUAUUGUACCAGUAUUAUUUGAAAAGGUUACUAUUCUGACAUAUACUGGAAAGACAUUCCAAAAUCACUUCAUGAUCAACUUAAACAUACAUGUAUAUAUAUGAUAUAGCAAGAUAAUGACCUAGUACACCAUUCUUAAUAUAGAAAUAUAUGUUUGGAGAUCUCAAUGCAAUAUAAAUUGUCAAUUACUGUGACUAUUAUUAGCUUGGGUAUUAUGAGUAUCUCAAAGUGCAGUUAAUUUUGUAUGCUUUUUAUUAUUGUAUUGUUUAUAUUUGUAUGUAAUUUUUGAAUUUGAAUUGUACAUUUAUAUAUUCACCACAAUUGAAUGAAUUUUAACAAAAAUCAAUGUGAAUAAUGUAUUUUUAUUUUAGCCUUACGAUGUACAUGUUCUUUGCUUUAUAAGUUGGUGUAUCAACUAUAACGGAUAGAGGGGAUUGUCAAUUGAUUUGAUGUCAAAGCUUUCCUCAUUGAUUGCAUCAAUUCAACAAAAAUCAACGAAGAAUGUAAUUAUUAUUAUAGCCUUACAAUAUACAUGUGCUGUAAAUAUACACGGAAACACCCAUCUAAUGUGAUAAACUUUGCUAUAGAACCAACUAUAAUGGAUAGUGGGGGCUGUCAGGAUUUUAAUGAGUCCCUUACACCAUAUACAGUUAUUAUUCAUGGGCAUCUUCUCUGACAUUAGGCCGGCGGACGGGGAAGUAUACACACACAUAGAUCAACAAUCUUCUUUCGGUUUCUUUUGCUCUGUGAUUUCCUGACUGACCCCACCAAAGUGGAUUAUUCAAUAUGUUAUUAAUGUUGAUUCUGCUAUAGCAUUACAAAAUAAAAUAAAUAUAAAUACACAAGUUUUGGUGUUGAGUAGUACAUUUUCAAUGCUCACUUUUCUGAUGUUCUCGCCUCUUAAGGGGUUAUCUCAAAGCCUUGUCUUAACAAUUUAACUGUACCAUUAUCAAUAGUCUUAACUACAGUGAACCUGUGAAGUGGAACACCUCUACAACUGGAACACCUCUGUUGCGGAACAUUUUUCAGCGUCCCAAGACCAAUAUACUCAAUGUUAAAUGAACCUCUAUAAGUG